GACGCGGGAAGCGCGACUGCUGCCGCUGCAUUGCAAAUCCCCAAGCGCGCGCGUGUCUGUCUCUUUACGGAUUUGCGUGUUUGCGCUCGGUAUUCGGUGGUGUUGUUUUUCUGAGUUUCCGUAUCUGUGUGUGUGUGUGUGUGUGUGUGUGAUGGGUGGACAUAAAGCCUAGCACAGCGGAGUAAGAUUCCUACCGGAUAUAAAGUACACUGGGAAAUAACGGACCCUCGAACGGAAAAAAACGGGAAUAUUCGCUCACUACGGAGUUUUUUUGUUUUUUUUUACAAGCACACACACACACACACACACACUGGUUCUUGUUACUUCUCUCCUAUUUGGAUCUUAUGAUCUCCCUCAGUGUUUGGAAUUUAAAUCGGAAUGAAAAACCGCGAAGAUCAAAGCGCGUUAACGGCAUGAGGAAAUAAAACAGCUGCGCGCGAGCUUGUUAAAAUGGAGCUGCGGAGGCUUUACUGUCUCAUCCUUAACACACCGUUACUGCUGUACGGGGAGGCUGCCUUCACUGAAGUGCCUACAGAUGUGAGUGUAUGUGAGGGUGAGGACGUGGAGAUGCCGUGUGCAUUUCGUGCCGUUGGUGGGUUUCCAUUUGCUUUAGAGAUCCAGUGGUGGUACCUAAAGGAGGCGACUCCACGGGACACACAUGACACUCACACAGGCAACCGAGCCAAGGUUACUCCAAGAGACGCCACUAAGAUCAGUACGGUGCGUGUGCAAGGGAAUGCCAUCUCUCACAAGCUCAGCCUGUCCCAGGUGGGGAAGGCAGAUGAAGGUGUAUAUGAGUGUCGGGUGUCAGAUUUAUACUCAGAUGACACACAGGACUUUAAAGUGCAGGCGACGCUUCGUGUGACACCACGGGACAGCAUGCUUGCUGAGGAGGCCGUGUCUCAUAUCCAAAACCGCUGGACAUUAAAGAGUGCAGCACGAGCCACUAAUGAACCAGAUCAGGGAAAAAGCCACAUAAACCCUCUAUCGUCAUCACAACCAACCCUCGCCACAGGCUCACCACACACUGCUAAUACCUCCAACAGACAGCAGCAUGAGACCGGUUCCGUUACCAUGGUUACUGUGGAGCCGCUGAUGUACAUCUUGCCGUUGAUAUUUUACAUGCUCUUCUGAAUGAAAAUGAAAAAAACAAAUAAUCUUUUAUCUACCACUGAGAUAAUCAACAAACAGAUCAACAAAUGUGAUCAGUUUACUGUUUCAGCAUGUUAAAGACGACUCGCAGCAGAAAAAGAAAUGAGAAAAAAGUCAACUGAAAUUUUUUUGAUGAUAAUUGGACCAUAUGAAAAAAUAUGGAAGAAUUAUGAAAACAAAUACACACAAAUUUGAGUCUAGGUGACCUAGUGAUGACUAGGUGAAUUAGCAUUCACAUCAUUGUCCAAUCACACACACACACACACACAUAAUGGACGCGUCACUGUUUUUUUUUUUUACACAUUAUUUUAUCAUUUAAUUCCCCUUACACUGUAAAUUAUAGGAUUUUUAUUCCCUAUUGUAUUUGAUUCCUUUUUCAGUCUUUGAAAAAAGUUUGUUAAAUGUUUUAUUUUUG